GGCCAUCGCGCGUCGCCCCGCCGCCCUCGUUCCGUCGCUUCCGCCCCUGCUCCGAGCCGAGGCCGUGCUUCGCUUUCCGGUGACGGCGCGCGCAACUCUCUAUAUUUUUCUCCGCCUCUUGGUCAGCUGUUGGGUCAGCAGCAGCAGCAGCAGCAGCAAGAGGUUUGCUCUGAGUUGGUGCUUCUCCGGCGGCCGGAUUCGUUCCGAGUUGGAGCCGCCCCUUGAAAUUCAGGGAGGCCUUGAGGCCGGCGGGCGGGCGGUGGCGAUGGAGGAGAGGUACGAGGCGUUGAAGGAGCUGGGGACCGGCAACUUCGGGGUGGCGAGGCUGGUCAGGGACAAGCGCACCAAGGAGCUCGUCGCCGUCAAGUACAUCGAGAGGGGCAAGAAGAUUGAUGAGAAUGUGCAGAGGGAGAUCAUCAAUCACCGCUCGCUCCGGCACCCAAACAUCAUACGAUUCAAGGAGGUUUGUGUAACCCCGACGCACCUUGCCAUCGUCAUGGAAUAUGCUGCUGGCGGAGAACUCUUUGAAAGAAUAUGCACCGCGGGGCGAUUCAGUGAAGAUGAGGCAAGAUACUUCUUCCAGCAACUACUUUCAGGGGUCAGCUACUGCCAUUCUAUGGAAAUCUGUCACCGUGAUCUUAAACUGGAAAACACUCUCCUGGAUGGGAGUCCAACACCUCGAGUGAAAAUUUGCGACUUUGGUUACUCAAAGUCUGCUUUGCUGCACUCCAAACCAAAAUCAACAGUUGGUACUCCAGCAUACAUAGCGCCAGAAGUACUUUCGAGAAAAGAAUACGACGGCAAGGUAGCGGACGUUUGGUCCUGCGGCGUGACAUUGUACGUGAUGCUCAUCGGGUCAUACCCAUUUGAGGACCCUGAGGAUCCAAGGAACUUCCGGAAAACUAUCAGCAGAAUCCUUGGCGUGCAAUACUCCAUUCCGGACUACGUCAGGGUGUCCUCCGACUGCAGACGCCUCCUGUCCCAAAUAUUCACUGCCGAUCCUUCAAAGAGGAUCACGAUCGCUGAGAUCAAGAAGCUGCCGUGGUACCUGAAGAGCCUGCCCAAGGAGAUCACGGAGAGGGACAGGGCCAACUUCAAGGAGCCCGAGACGGAGACGGAGACCGCGGCGGCGGCGGCGCAGCCCGUGGAGGAGAUCAUGCGGAUCAUCCAGGAGGCCAAGGCCCCCGGCGACAUGUCCAAGUCGUCGGCCGACGCGGCGCUGCUCGCCGAGCUGGCCGAGCUGCAGAGUGACGACGAGGAGGAGGGGCCGGGAGCCGAGGGGGAGACCUACUGACUGGACUCUGCAUCGCAGUUCAUACGGUCUGUCUGGAGUACGGUUUGCUGAAACAAUAAUAAGGCCACGAAGCGUAUGAUACAGAUUAUGACACCUGUUCUACUAUCGCUGUGUACAUUAUUACUGAACAACAUUGCACCGAUUUUUUAACUUCCAAGAAUAAAAGAUGGUGGGGAUAUACAGUUCUUCCA